GAGGACCGCACACAUUGGCGGUGUUCUGGCGAUGUGUGCCAGGACUUGGCCGAGCCCCGCGGGCUUCAUGCUCUGUCGCGUCCAUGGCCGCCCUCCGAGGUGCAGGCUGCUGCUGGCCAGCCCAUUUCACAGCCUGGGCACACUGAGGACACGGAGGGUACGCGGGCUAAAACGACGCUAGGAAGGCCGGAGACUCGUCCUGGUUCCUCGGAGGGCCGGCCCACAGAACUCGCGCCGGGCUUCGUUCUCUUCGGAGAGCCCUUCUGGAUGAACGAGGAGCCCCGCGCAGAAGUUUGUGUCGCGGGCAGCCUGCUCUUGCGGGGACGCUGCGGGGAGGAACCUCAGUUAGUUCCAAGGAUUGGAUCCAGCGUGUGCCUUGCUCUCUUACAUAGUUAGCUGGCAGUGACCUCCCAGGUGUCUUCAGGAUGCCUGCAGCACUUGUGGAGAACAGCCAGGUUAUCUGUGAAGUGUGGGCCAGCAAUCUAGAGGAAGAGAUGAGGAAGAUCCGGGAAAUUGUGCUCAGUUACAGCUACAUUGCAAUGGACACAGAGUUUCCCGGUGUUGUGGUGCGGCCCAUUGGUGAAUUUCGCAGUUCCAUAGAUUACCAGUACCAGCUUCUGCGGUGCAAUGUGGACCUCUUAAAAAUCAUCCAGCUGGGCCUCACGUUCACAAACGAGAAGGGAGAAUAUCCUUCUGGAAUCAACACGUGGCAGUUCAACUUCAAGUUUAAUCUCACAGAGGACAUGUACUCCCAGGAUUCCAUUGACCUCCUCGCUAACUCAGGCCUGCAGUUUCAGAAGCACGAAGAGGAAGGGAUUGACACGCUGCACUUUGCAGAGCUGCUUAUGACUUCAGGAGUGGUUCUCUGUGACAAUGUCAAGUGGCUCUCAUUUCACAGCGGCUACGACUUUGGCUACAUGGUGAAGUUGCUCACAGAUGCCCGACUGCCCGAAGAAGAGCACGAGUUCUUCCAUAUUCUGAGUCUCUUCUUCCCAUCCAUUUAUGAUGUGAAAUACCUGAUGAAGAGCUGCAAAAACCUUAAGGGGGGUCUUCAGGAAGUGGCGGACCAGCUGGAUUUGCAGAGGAUCGGGAGGCAGCACCAGGCAGGCUCGGACUCCUUGCUGACCGGAAUGGCAUUCUUCAGGAUGAAGGAGCUGUUCUUUGAGGACAGUAUUGAUGAUGCCAAGUACUGUGGGCGCCUCUACGGCCUGGGCACGGGGGUGGCCCAGAAGCAGAGCGAGGAUGCAGACUCUGCCCAGGAGAAGGUGAGCAUCCUGGCGGUGAUUAGCGGCAUGCAGCAGUGAUGCUGACCGGACCUGCCCACCAUCUGCGCCCAGCAGAGACUUGGGGUUUUCUUUCAAGAGCGCUUUAUUUGAGAUCCAGUGGAGAGGAGCUUGCUCUGAAUUUUGUAACCAGGUCUUCCUUGUUCCUCAAGCCCAUGCCCCUCCUCUCCGUUGCCUCUUGCUACCAGCAUCCAUGACACCUUUACAAAUUGUCCAGGAUGUCAUACAAACCAGUAAACUGUAUAUAACUCGU